CAUUCAUCCCUCCCUGAACAAAACCUUCGCAAUCUCUCUCUCUUUCUCUCUCUUCAUCUCCCUCCCUCUCUCUCUAGAAUCGUAGAGAGAGAGAGCGACCGCGAUCCUCCGCCGCACCGGAGACGAAUCGGGAUGCCGUGACGCGGCGGCGGCGGCGGCAGCGAUUCCGUUCCCUCUCUUCCCCUAGGGUUCCGUCGCCGGCGACGCUUUCCCCGGCCUCGUUCCGACGCACAUUGCUUCGGUUAUCGGUUCUUUGCACUUGGCUGGUUUGGUGUUCGAUCGGGGUCGGUCUCGUUCCGCUUCGCGGGGUCGCGGUUUUGAUGCGGUCGGUGGGAGCUGGAGUUCGUGCGGAUUGAGAUAUAUGUUAGACCGUCCCUCCAGUCUCAAUGGUUUGCCCAGUCGGGAGUGGGAAAAUGGCCGUUUUGGCUCGUGUUCUUGCGGGAGGCGGUUUCUCCAGUACAGCAGAAGAGGAAGUUAGCCAUCAGAAAUUAUUGGCUCAGCACAUUUUUAAGGAAUUUCGUGAGGCUGAUGAAGCAAAUUUGCUUGAUGAGGAAGACAUGCAUGUAUAUGGUUUGACACCUAUGGCCGAUCAACUGCAUUUGGUACGUUGCAAUGCAUGUAAGAAGCCAAUCAAGGCCAGUCAAUAUAUGGCUCAUGCAGAUACCUGUAGGUUAUUGAAUUCUACACAAGAAGCUGUUUUGGAGCCUAAUGGCACUGGAAGGGGCAAAAGACCACCUAGGAAGGAGAAGAAAAAGUCCACCACUCCCAAGCAGGGACUCACUGUUGGAGAGCAAGGGAAUUAUGAAUUUGUGAAGAAUACCAUCACUGUUGAAUCACAGUUCCGUUAUAAUGGAAACCAGCAAUCACCUUCUUUAUGUUUGGAGGUCAAAGGAAAUUCAGCUAGUCAACUUGUUUCAAGAAGUAAAGAUGAUCCAGGAGUUAUCCCUAAAAAUGCUGAUGAGUCAGCAAGUCAAAUGCAUCCUCCUGUGAAACGUUCUAGAUUGAUAGCAGGGGAGAAUAUGUCAGAAACAGAUGAUCAAGAAACAGAUUCUGGUAUCACUAGAAGUAGGGAUCUCCAAAAAGAAUCAUUUCCAGAACAAGAAGCAAAGAGUGGUUGUGCUAGUGGCUAUAAGAAUCCCUUGCAAAGUUAUACAAAUAGCCAAUUGACACAAGGUACUCCUUCGCCACUGGCUACCAAAAUAUAUUACUCUCAGAGAAACAAUCGUCUCCGAUCUGCUAUCAGCCAUCUUUAUUACAUGACAUCAACUGAUGGACUUCUUGAUGACUUGCUAUGCUCAUUCUAUUCUCAGGAACUGAGAGAUGCACAGCCAUCGCCUUUACUGCAAGAACCUGACCCAGUUCUCCCGAAAAGUUCAUCAUUACAUUCAGAUAUCUCUGCAGUAUCUUUGCCACCAUCAAGAGUAUCAAAUUAUCUAUCUGCUGAUGCUGCUUUGAGGCCUCAGGAUGCUCCAAUUCAGUUAAUGAAAGGCAGAACUUUUCCCAAUGGUUAUUCUUUUGCUGGUGACUCAGGAAAACCACUGAGCGUACAGCAGCCCGAUGGAAGCGUUUCAGUUUCAUAGAAUCGCUACUGGGAUUUUUUUGUUAGGUGUCGGUGUAAGUAGCCCCAUACAUGAGGUUAGAGUCAGUUUUUGAGAAUCAAUUGUAACCUUCAUUAAAUUGUUCAUUCCUGUCUCCUAUACUGCCAAUGCUCAAAUUGUUCUUUUUGGGCAAAUGGCGCGAAUUGUUCAUAUUCGGUAAAUAUAAUGUCAAAUCCUUUGCUGGCCA